UCCCCCCAUAUUCAGAAAGGCGUCUCGCUUUGCUGUUGCCAGAGUAGCAACUCCUUUUCGUUCACUCACUCGCUUUCUCCACGACUCAGAGCACCCGUUUCUGACUUGCUGCUGCGGUGCCCCCAGCUCUUGAAUGACGGUCGAUGGCCAACUCGACGUAUCAUGCAUGGAGAAUCAAGGGACGCGGCUGAGAUAUUUCAUGCUCCGUGGUUGCCUUGGGGAGUUCUGCUCCGAGACGGCGGCCAACGUCGCGACUCGUCUGGAAUAACGACGAGCUCGGUGGUCUUCUGUGCGCUGAUUCGAGCAAACGGCGACUCGAGCGUUGGCGUCGACGGCUCACAACUAACUAACUUGGUCGCGGUUCAAGCUGACGUGUAACGCUCUCUAUCUUGAAGCCCUCUCAUUUAUUCCGUAACUCCUACCAUCUGAGAACUGUUUAUAGCUGCUGGUAGCUGCUCAAAAGGUCGCGACUAAAUUAUAAUUAGGAGCACCGACAAUCGCAUACAGUCUCGCCACAAGUCAACUCUGUUCUUAGCUUCUGACAGCAGCAUCCUCCUGAUCGCAGUCUCGGGCCGUGCUCUUCUGUAAAUCGUCAACUGGCCCGGAGAUUAAGUAUUGUGAAGCGCCACGACGCCGUCCUUUCCAUAGCUUACAGCCGCUGUACGCCAUCCAGUAAGCAUGGCGACCGACAUAUUAACAGCGGCGCACUUCUCUAGCGAGACUAGUCCUCUCAAUUCGCGGCUUCGUUCCUCCACCCUCCUCCGCUCUUGCUCGCUCACCUCCCCGCUUCUCCGGCCGUUCUCUCCCCCGAGCCAACGGCCCGCCAUCGGCGGAGCAUCUUCCCCGCGCCAUGGCUUCCAAAUGCGCCCUCUCCCCUCGCCGUUGCGGCUGUCGUCGCCUCCAGCGGGUUCGCGGACCCCUUCAGUUGCGGCGAGCGCCGUGGGCGGCGAGCGAGGACGCGCUUCAGGUUUGGGGCUAGGACGCGGCCUGCCCGAACGGACCAGGUUCGGCACGUCUGCCGAUACCGGAGCGAGCAAUAACGAGGCAGGCUUCGGCUGUCCAGGAAGGCGCGAGAGGUGGAGCGAAGGGGGGGGAGGUUGGGGGACGAGAGGGGCGGAGCGCGGGCGGUCGGUGGUGGCGCACGCGGUGGUGGGUGGGGAGAUUGCGCUGGGUCCCGCGGUGGUGGCGCAAGUGAUAGAUGACCUCGGGCUUGACGCGCUGCUGUUCCUGCUCACCACCGUCAUCAUCGUGCCCACGUGCAAGUGGCUCAAGAUAAGCCCUAUCCUGGGGUUCCUGGGCGCGGGGCUGGUGUUUUCGCGGCUGGGCAUGGGGCAGCACGUGAACGAGAUCGCGCCGGUGUCGGAGCUGGGCAUUCUCUUCCUGCUCUUCCAGAUGGGCAUCGAGCUCUCCGUCGACCGCCUCAAGGAGCUCGCCAAGUACUCCUUCGGCCUCGGCCUCUCGCAGAUCGCAGCAUGCACCCUCGCAUUCGGGUUCUUACUGCAGCCGGCCGACAGCCCCAUCUCCCCUGCGCACCUCCUCUCCCAGGCCUCCUCCCUCCUCACCCUCCUCCCCCCCUCCCUCUCCUCCAUCGUCCCCGCGCUGCCCCCCCUCCCUCCGCUCCCUUUCUCCCUCGACCUCCUCGCCCCCCUCGCGCACCUCACCCCAGACGAAGCUCUUAUCAUCGCUGUCGCGCUCUCGCUCUCCUCGUCCGCCUUCGUCCUUAAUCUCCUGGACGAGCACGACGAGCUGGGAACUAAGUUCGGGUCGGCCACUCUGGGCGUGCUGCUCAUGCAGGAUAUUGCAGUGGUGCCCAUCCUUGCUAUUCUUCCGGUCCUCGAAGGAGGGUUCUCCGCUGCUGCUGGGGCUGCAGGGGAUGCAGCCACGACUACUGCCACCCUCGCCGCCACUGCUGCUGCGCCCAUUGCGGCUGUAGCAACAGCAGGAGUCGCAGAAGCAGCGGCGGGAGCGGCGGCAGGAGCUGUGGGAGUGGCGGGAGCAGCGGGAGCGGCGGCGGGAGCAGCGGCGGCGACAGCAGCAGCAGUGGCAGCAGACCCGUCUGGCUUCGUCUUCUCAGUCGCAGCAGCGCUCCUAGGCGGCCCAGCCAACGUGGCUCUAGCGCAGCUGCUAGUAGCAGGCGCGCUCAAGGCCCUCCUGGGCCUGGGCGCCAUUCUGGUGGGCGCCCAGUGGCUCAUGAAGCCCGCCUUUGCCGCCGUGCAGCGCGCCAAUGCGCCUGAGGCGUUUCUCGCCCUCUCCCUCCUUGCCGUCACUGGCACCUCCCUUGCUACGGACAAGCUCGGAUUUUCCGACUCGCUCGGCGCGUUCCUGGCGGGCGCGAUUCUGUCGUCCACGCCUCUGAAGCACGACGUGGCUCUGUGCACGGGGCCGCUGCAGAAGCUGCUGCUGGGGCUGUUCUUCCUCACCACUGGCUCGUCCAUCGAUGUUGACUUGCUGGUGGAGCAGUGGCCGGCUAUUCUGACGCUGCUUGCCGGCUUGCUGGCAGUCAAGACGGCCGCGGUUGCGCUGCUGGCGCCUCGGUGGGGGCUGAAGGGCAAGGAUGCCAUUCGCACGGCACUGAUUCUGUCUCCAGGAGGGGAGUUUGCAUUUGUGGUUCUGGCGCUGGCCUGUGACCUGGGCGUGCUGCCGACUGAUGUGAACCGGAUUGUGCUUAUAGUGGUGGUGCUCUCCAUGGCGCUUACUCCUGCGCUGGAUGCGCUAGGAUACCUAAUUGCGGGGAUUGGAGGGAGGGAUGAGAGCGAAGACUGGGUGGAUGUAGAAACGGUGGAGAGGAGGAGGCACGGGAAGGUGCUGCCUGGUGAAGGCAGGGGCUUGUUUCUGCCGGCAGGGGUGGUGGAUGUGGAUGUGGACGAGGUAAGGCAGGGAUGGGGUGGAGGAGGGGAGCAUGGGGGGUAUGAGAUGGACGAGUCUUUGGAAGAGCUCGAGAGGAUUGCAUCUGGAGCCAUACCUCCUCCGCCUCCUCUGGAGCCCAAUAUGGUGUUUGCGUCACGGCAAGACGGGGAUGGACAUGGGAGCGGCAACACCGGGGAGGUUUCCAUGUCAGGAGGGGGAAUGGGGGGGGGGUCUGCAGCAGCGAUUAAUCAGGGAGCGGGCGCUGGGGUUUCGGGUGGGGGAGAUGGGUUUGGGGGUGAUGCGUUUGGGGCAGAUGGGUUUGGAGCAGCCACGGGAGCAGCAUCAGUGGCUGCAACAGCAGCAGCUGUGGCAGCAGCGACUGGGAGUGAAGAGGCUUCGGCGGUUGCAAUGGCAGCGGCUGCUGCGGCAGCUGCAGCAGCGGCAGCAGGGUCAAUGGGGGCGAGGCGCGGGAGGGUAGAGAGGGAGAGGGCGGCAAGAAAGCGGGGUGGUGCGUCUGGUCACCGCCGGCGAAGAGGUGGUAGGAGAUGAAUGAAAUAUGGGCUGAUUGGUUAGGUUAGGUCAUGUGCAGAGAGGGCUACAGGCGAUGUGAGUGGAGUUUGGACGAUGGAUGGUUCAUGUAGAUCUGGAACUGAUACUGGAUCUACGAAGCAUGUGUUUUAGGCACCUGUCGUCCUUUGGACGAUGGUUGAUUGCAUUAGGCUAUUCAUGGUUCUCAUGUACAGUGAUAUUGUUUAAUUAGUGGCCGGCUGAAGUUAUUGUUGGUCGGUGUUGUCAAACAUAUUUGUAAAUGUUAUAAUAGGCUAGAU